AAGAGAAAGAAGGCGAGUUUACUGCAAAGAUUUCGUAAGAAUCUACCUCGACCUCAUUGAUAAGCUCUGAUUUCCGUGACGAGAUGGACCAGACGGUUGUCUACAGAUGCUAAGUGAAGCCGAGUGAGGUGGGGAAUGGUCUCCGGAAUCCCUGAAUAACGCUUCCGACGAAGGAGACCCUUAUGCCUGGUGAUGUAGCACUGGAGUUUCAAACUUUCACAGCGAAGAAGCUGCAAAAGCAUUUGCUUUGGAAAUAUACUGCAUGUGCUUGAGAUUAAAGCCUAAAGGAGCGUGACAGGAUGCUCUCCAGUAGGAAUGGGAUUCCCUCCCCUUCCUUCCUUCCUUUUUUGUCCAAGUUUAAAAGCAUAUAAACUCCCAUGAACAGAAGGUACAUAGUAAUCUGUUACCAUAAUUUCAUUCAUCUCUUCUUUGGUUGAUGAAAGAUUUCGUAAAGACUACUAAGCAGGGAUUUCCUGAUGAUUCUCAUGUUAUAAAACCACUUUGCCGUCCACUUAUUUUCCCUUUCCUUUUCAUUCCUAAGACCAAGGAAUACUAGGUUUUAGUAAGAUACAGGUUUAAUCUUACACUUUUUUUUUGGAAAGGGGCGUCUUAAUAUCUGCUGAUUCUCUAAUUUUCUUAUACUAUCUUUUUGUUCUGAGAGGAAUUAACAAGGGUUUGACUUCCUUUGUGUUACAGCGCAGGUGUUAUACUGACAACUUCAAGUGAAAGGGCCCUCGAAGUAUGAGGACGAUUAAAUUAAUCAACGCCUGACAGUGACAUGGUUUGUAAUAUACUAAUAUCUUUUGCACCUCUCCUUAUAAUACUUGUUGUAAGAAAUACUGUGGCUCUUA